AUCUUGGCCAUCUUCAACAUUUGCAGUCGUAUCACCGGGUUUUUGGAAUUACCCGGAUCACGCCGUGUCAUUAACGUAUCAAGAGACCAGACAGCUUCAAUUAUAGAAUCGGAAACGAGAGAAGUUUUGAAAGUUUUUCCUUUAUUUGAAGCUAUUGAGUCUGCCGUCCUAGUACACAAUGGUAAUAUGGUUACCGUUGGUGAAGAGGGAACAUUGAAAGAAUGGUCAAUCAAGUCUGCUCGACUUCUUCGAUCGAAGAAAAUAUCAGGGGCCCGACUGGAUUCUAUGAUGUAUAACCCUAUUCGUAAUCAGCUACUAAUAACAUCUGCUGAGGAAAAUAUUUUUCUCGUUGCUUUUGAUGAGCUAUCACUUAAACGGCAAAUUGUUGGAUUCCACGAUGAAGUUUAUUCUUGUUGCUUUGUUGGAAAAGAUGAGUCGCAUUUGGCGGUCGCUUCCAAUACCAAAGAAAUACGGUUAUACGAUACUGCUACGUGGGACUGCCAGUUAGUUGAAGGUCACAGUGAAAGUGUACUACAUGUUACGGCCGCUCCUUUCAAUCGUAAUCUGUUAGCAUCUUGCAGUAAGGAUAACUCGAUCAUCGUAUGGAAAUUCGUCUGUGAGUUCAAACUCAACUUAUCUUGUCGAUUGGAAGCGAUUGCACGAGCGACUGGGCAUACCAAUUCUGUCAAUGCUUUGUGCUUUUCCCACUCUGGUAAACGGCCUUUUUUAAUAUCGGUAUCGACGGAUACGACGAUCAAGUUAUGGUCUCUGAUUGACCUCGAUCAGGACGCCAAAGGGGACUCGAAUUUGGACAAUUUGAGCUGUUCCUCUACUCUGGUUGCCCAUGGAAAAGAUGUGAACUGUGUUGAUAUCUCACUCACAGACUCUGUCUGCAUAAGCGGAGGAAUGGAUAAAUUGGUGAAGUUGUGGCACGUUGACUCUGCUAAAAUGAGGCUUGGCAUUGCGGGUACAUUAUCGGGUCAUCGAAGAGGUGUUGGAGAUGCGAGAUUUUCACCUAGUUCACUGAAGGCUGCUUCAUCCAGCGGCGACAUGACUAUCAAAAUUUGGUCUCUUGAGGACAAAACUUGCUUGCAAACCUUGAAUGGACACAACUCAGCUGUUUUUAGAGUUCUCUUUGUUAACCAUGGAACACAACUAGUAUCUGCGGAUAGCGCUGGAAUCGUCAAAAUCUGGACACUGGCUACUUCUGAAGCGGAAACUUCUAUUGAAGCACACAGUGAUAAGAUUUGGACGCUGUUGGUGAACAGUGAUGAAAGCGAAUAUGUAACUGCUGGUACGGAUGGACGAAUUGUUAUGUGGAAAGACGUCUCCGAUGAGCGACGAUUGGAACAGGAAGCUAAAGUCAGGAAGCAGCUUGAGGAAGAACAGACCCUGAGUAAUCUGCUGGAUCAGAAUCGUCUUCAAGAAGCCUUGGAAUUUGCUCUUGGUUUGGCUCGACCUUUCUGCGCAUUAAAGGUUAUCGACCAACUAAUUGAUCGUGAUGAGUUGAUGCCCGCUUUAACGAGAUUGGAUAAGCAGAAAAUUCAGACCUUGUUAGACUUUGUAACACAAUGGAACACCAACAGUCGAACAUCCCUGGUAGGCGGUGAUCAGUUUGGACAUUACUUGCAGAUUUUUUCAGCAUUUCAAAGUCAAACUCGUUGA